CUGGCGAGAUACCAGAAGGGAUACAGAAGAGAGCCGUGAAAAAAAGCCCAAAGGAUAAAAUAAAAAAGGAGCACUUUUGGAAGAGACGGCAGAGGAGAUGGCCAUGACGGAGCGGAGGCGCGGGCGCUGUGGCGGAGCGUGUGAGGCGGCGGAGCAGCGCACGGUGUCGCUGCAGGCUCAGGAACGGCGUCUCGGCGGCUCCGCCCCGGUGCGGCGGAGAGCCCGGCUGUGAGCGCGGGGGGGCGGCGCGGGCCGGGCAGCAGAGCCGGUGCGUCCGGGCGGCGGCGGGGAGCCGUGCGGGGCCCGUGCCGGGGCCGGCAGCCAGAGCGGCACAGGCGGCGGCGGCGGCGGCGGCGAUGGGGGAGCGUUGUUGUGCGGUGGUGCGGGUGCUGGUGCUGCAGGCGGCCUGGGCGCUGUCGGGCGGGCAGGUGCGGUACUCGGUGCCGGAGGAAGCCAAGGCCGGCACGGUGGUGGGCCGUCUGGCGCAGGACCUGGGCCUGGAGGCGGGCGAGGCGGAGGCGCGGCGGCUGCGGCUGGUGGCGCAGGGCCGGCGGGCGAGCGUGGAGGUGAGCGGGGCGAGCGGCGCGCUGCUGGUGAGCUCGCGGCUCGACCGGGAGGAGCUGUGCGGCAAGAGCGCGCCGUGCGCGCUGCGGCUGGAGGUGCUGGUGGAGCGGCCGCUGCGCGUCUUCCAUGUGCAGCUGGAGGUCACCGACAUCAACGACAAUGCCCCCAUCUUCCCCGCCGCCCGGAAAAACCUCAGCAUCGCGGAGUCAUCUCUGCCGGGGUCUCGUUUCCCGCUGGAGGGCGCGUCGGAUGCGGAUAUCGGAGCGAACGCGCAGCUCUCCUACACACUCAGCCCCAGCGAGUAUUUUAGAAUAGAGGAAGAAAACAGUAACUCUCGCAGUAAAUCCUUGUUUCUGGUACUCACGAAACCUUUGGACCGCGAGACGAUUCCCGUUCACCGGUUGAUGCUGACGGCAAGUGAUGGGGGCCGGCCAUCUCUGACGGGCACGAUGGAGCUGGUGAUCUUGGUGCUGGACGUGAACGACAACGCACCCCAGUUCAACCAGUCAGUGUACAACGUACGUUUGCCCGAGGAUGCAUUACAGAUGACACUUGUAGCGCGUGUGAACGCCACAGACCCGGACUUAGGAAUAUAUGGGGAAAUGAUUUAUGAAAUUGAUUCUGUUGUUCCACCGUCGGCCACAGAUUUAUUCAGCAUCGAUGCAAAUACUGGGGAGAUCAGACUAAUGGGCCCCCUGGACUUCGAGACAGUUACUUUAUAUGACCUACACAUUAAGGUGACUGAUAAGGGGACGCCUCCACUGCCGGGUCACUGCAAGGUGGUGCUGGAUGUGCUGGACGUGAACGACAACGCGCCGGAGGUGUGGGUGACGUCGCUGUCGGUGCCGGUGCCGGAGGACGCGUCGGUGGGGACGGUGGUGGCCCUGCUGAGCGUGUCGGACCGGGACUCGGGGGCGAACGGUCGCGUGCGGUGCUGGGUGUGGCCGGCGUCGCCGUUCGGUCUGGAGGCGACGUUCGCGGGCUCGUACUCGCUGGUGCUGCGCGAGGCGCUGGACCGGGAGCGGGUGUCGGAGUACGAGGUGGAGGUGCGUGCGGAGGACGGCGGGGCGCCGGCGCUGCGCGGCAGGCGCGGGCUGCGGGUGGCGGUGUCGGACGUGAACGACAACGCGCCGGCGUUCGCGCAGGCCGUGUACACGGUGCUGGCGCGGGAGAACAACGCGGCGGGCGCGGAGCUGGCGCGGCUGUGGGCGCGGGACCCGGACGAGGCGGGCAACGGGCGCGUGAGCUACUCGGUGUGGGAGGGCGGCGUGGGCGGCGGGUGGCGUCCGGCGUCGAGCUACGUGUCGGUGGACGCGGAGAGCGGGCGUCUGUGGGCGCUGCAGCCCUUGGACUACGAGGAGCUGCAGGUGCUGCAGUUCGAGGUGCGUGCGGUGGACGCGGGCGAGCCGCCGCUGUGCGGCAACGCCACGGUGCAGCUGUUCGUGCUGGACGAGAACGACAACGCGCCGGCGCUGCUGCCGCCUGCGGGCUCGGCGCCGGAGGCGGGCGGCGUGGCGGGCGUGGCGGGCGAGGCGGCGGCGGCGGCGGGCUCGGUGUCGGGCACGCUGUGGGCGUGGGCGGCGUGGGGGGCGCCGGCGGGGCAGGUGGUGGCGAAGAUCCGCGCCGUGGACGCCGACUCGGGCUACAACGCGUGGCUGCGCUACGAGCUGUGGGAGCCGCGGGGCAAGGGCCCGUUCCGCGUGGGGCUCUACAGCGGCGAGGUGAGCACGGCGCGGGCGCUGGAGGAGGCGGACGGCCCUCGCCAGCGGCUGCUGAUCGUGGUGCGCGACCACGGCGAGCCGGCGCGCUCGGCCACGGCCACGCUCAGCGUGUCGCUGGUGGAGGCCGCCGAGGCGGCGCUGGCCGCGGCCGCGGGAUCGUCGUCGUCGUCGUCGCGGUCGGCGGCGGGCGCGGAGAUGGGCGCUGGUGCGGCGAGUGCGGCGACGAACGUGUGGCUGGUGGUGGCCAUCUGCGCGGUGUCGAGCCUGUUCCUGCUGGCCGUGGUGCUGUACGGGGCGUCGCGCUGGGCGCCGCGGGCGGCCGUGCUGUCGGGGCCCGGGCCCACGACGCUCGUGUGCGCCAGCGAAGUGGGCAGCUGGUCGUACUCGCAGCGCCACAGCCGGAGCCUGUGCGUGGCGGACGGCGCGGGCAAGAGCGACCUCAUGGUUUUCAGCCCCAACUUCCCUCCGCCGCCGCCCGGCCCCGCGGCCAAGGACACGCAGCCGGAGCCCUCCGCUCUCCUGGACACGGUCAGUGGCGUUCCCUUGCUCUCCUUUGCCCGUUCACUGACGCCUCUUCCCCUCUCUGCCCCUUCUCUCUCGCCCCCCUUACAGCUGCUGUUUGGAGCCGGGCUCCGCCCCCGCGGCCACGGGUCGAUCGAUGCAUGACGAGUUCUUAAGGAUGUGAACCGUACCUCUGCCUCUGCCGCCGGAGCCACUCGGCUCUUGCUCGUGUACUGAGGUGGUGAAGGUGGUAGAAUGGAAAUAAAUCAAUUAGGGCACUCCGCGGCUGCUAUUAUCCGUAGGUGUGGUUUUCUGUUGUAGGUGUGGUUUUCUGUUGUAGGUGUGAAUUUUCCCUUAGAGUGAAGUCAUUGUGCAUUGCGAUUAGAGGUGCCCUGAUGUGUCAGCUUUGCAGAACAUGCACAUGCUCUCUGAUGGGUAGCAUUUUCACUGGACCUUAUUUCAUGAGUGCAAAGACAUGCCGGCUGUGGUGUUCACAGUUGCCAGGCCUUUUUUGGACAGUCUUGUGUUUAGAUUUUUCCCAACAAAAAUUGACUUCCUCCUCUUUGAUUCUGCUCUCUAACAAUGUUACACAAGGUUGGGACUUCAGCGUUUUGCAGUCCAUGGAAGGAUAAGCUGCCACAUUUGGUUCUAACGCUAGAGACAUUAUGAAACGGGAAGAUGUGAUGUGCCUUUCCUAUGAUCUAUUCCCAAGAAUCUCUGCUUAGAAUUAUUAUGUGUUCCAAGUGAGGAGUUUUCUCCAAGGGUAAGUGUUAGAAAGUGGAAUUUUCUUUUCCUUGCUCCGCUGUUCCCUGGGUUGUGAAUGCGCUUUCCUGGCCAGAAAAGUAGUAUGAAAUAGGGUGUAGUCUUUUGAUGUUGUAUCAAAAUUUAUAUCGGCAGCAAUAUCACUUCAAACACCGUGGAAAUAAUCUUUUAUAAAAAGAAAGUAAACAAACAAUCCAGAAAAUAACCCCUACCAACAAAACCCUAACCAAUUUCUCCUACACACUCAAUAUAAUCCAUUAUGGUGUUGUGCUUGUCAGCGUUUUGGUUCUUAUCUCAGUGCUUGUAAUGAGGUGGUGAGUGCAAUGUUUGUCCACUCGACUUCCUCUGCUUGUGCACUUGAAGCUGGUAGAGAUGGUGUGUCCUGUUGUCACACAUGGCUUGUACUGAUGUGUGCAGGUACAGGGCGAGCCCUGCAGAGCGUCCCAGCUCAAGAUUUCUGCAGUACAAACUCUCUGUGUUGAACUUGUUUGAGCGCUUGUGCUAUGAUAUUUGGUGUGGUUAUCUUGAAGAACAAAAUCCAUGUAUGCUGAUUCCAAUCCUGUUCUGAUCACAGAAUCUCUAAGAGCUGUAAUACGCAGCUCUGUGCUAUUUCCAUGUGAGAUUGCUAAAAUGGAGCAAAGUGUUCAUGGUGAGGUUCAUGCAGGUGGGAAGAGCCUGCUGAAGGCUGUGUAGUUUGAAGAAUUUUGUAUGUCCUUUGUGGUGAUCAUGAGGGAAGGUGAAGAGGUGCCAAGGCCUAGAUCCUAUGCAAAGUGAGAUUUACAGAUGGGACAUAUUGCUGGAGUUGAGAAAUGUUUGAUAUUUUGGCAGUGAUUCUUCGAAUGGCAACAAGUAGGGCCUGGACCUGUAUGAUGGGGAGGGGGAAUUUGAGUGGGGAAGAGCGUUGCCUCAGGGGAAUGGAGGCGCAGAGUAGAACACAGUCUGUGUCAUUGUGGAUGAAAUGGAGAAUGUUUGCUUAGCUGUGAAAGUCUCGUUUACCCAUGGCACAGGAUAGAGGAUGCCAGUGGAAAACAUUGAGGAAAAGCCCAGCACACAGGGCUGCUCUUCUGGGAUCUUCUCAGGACUCCAGCAGUUCUGCAUAUCCUCGUGCUCUGUUCUCUGUGGUGUUACUGCCUGUAAAGUUACCUGCAAUACCUGCCUUUAAUUGCUUGUCUUUGUUGUGGAAUGUCGUUGUAAUACCAUGAAGAUUUUUGCCUUUUCUUUUAUACCCCUGUUAUACCUUUUUACAGCUUCUGUAUUC